GAUUUGGAUGUUGAGUUUUCGGGAUAUUGGUGUUUCGGGAUGUUGGAUUUUCGUUUGUCAGGCAUAUGGGAGUCGGGAUUGAGCAUUCGGGAUAUAGGCUUUUCGGGAUGUUGGAUUUUCGGGAUUUCGUUUGUUAGACGGUUCCGUCCCAACCUCUGGACUCCUGAUAACAUCAGCACAAUCUUCACCACGCUCUUCAUCACCGAACUGUUCCAUGCGCUCGUGCACACCAAAGUUCUUUUAAGUCUUGACUGGAUAGGCGGUAAAUACACUGUGCCAGAACACUUUAUGCUGAAAAAGGGAAACACACAGCAACAAAAGCUCGUUUUGUUUGCGGUUGUCACAUCCAAUGAAGGCAACAAGUCUGGUAACAACAGUCCAGUUAAAGCUCUUUGUUGA